AUGCAGGGGCUCCUCUUCUCCGCUCUUCUCAUCACUAGUUUAUCACAGUUCUGCUGCAGGGCACAGGGCACUGGGCCAUUAGAUAUGACACCUGAAGGAAGGUCUGGAGAAGUAUCCGAAGUGCAUCAGCGAAAGCAAUUUUGUCACUGGCCCUGUAAAUGUCCUCAUCGGAAGCCCAGUUGCCCUCCUGGAGUGAGCUUGGUGAGGGAUGGCUGUGGAUGCUGUAAAAUCUGUGCCAAGCAACCAGGGGACAUCUGCAAUGAAGCUGACAUCUGCGACCCGCACAAAGGGCUGUACUGUGAUUACUCGGCAGACAAGCCGAGGUAUGAAACUGGAGUGUGUACAUACCUUGUAGCUAUUGGAUGUGAGCUCAACAAGGUACAUUACCACAACGGCCAAGUGUUCCAGCCCAAUCCCCUUUUCAGCUGCCUCUGUGUGAGUGGAGCCAUUGGAUGCACGCCUUUAUUCAUACCAAAGCUGGCUGACAGUCACUGUUCUGGGGCAAAAGGUGGAAAGAAAUCUGAUCAAUCAAACUGUGGCUUGGGACCGGUACAACAGCAGCUGUCAACAAGCUACCAAACAAUGCCAGAUGCGUGCCAGGCUUUUAAUCUGCUUCCUGCAUUGAGGUCUUUAAACUGUUCACUUUCCAGCUUAUAGGAAUCUCCCACUUAUUUGGAAAAGAAAAUGUCUUGUGCAGGCAACAAAGUGGACCCCUUGCUCCAGAACAUGUGGGAUGGGAAUAUCUAACAGGGUAACCAAUGAGAAUAACAACUGUGAAAUGAGAAAA